CACCACCUCCCUCUCUCCCACAAGAUGUCCCAAGAUACCGUGCAACACCUCCUCGAGACUAUCCCCCUCCGCUACAGCGGUCCCGGCGGCGCCAUCGCCAUCCUCAAAGACGGACAUGUCCUCGGCCAACGCGUCUGGGGCUACGCAGACGUCGAGCAGCGCUUGCACCUCACGCCGGAAACCCGGAUGCCGAUCUGCUCCAUCACGAAGCAAUUCGUGUGUGCGCUACUCCUAGACCUGAAACGCAACCCCACCCCCGCGAUGCUGGCAGCAGGCACGGGCGACAUCGACGCGCAAUUCGAGGUCAAGCUGCGCGAGAUCCUGCACCCUGAGCUAUUCACCGGCAACAGCGAGAGCGGGCUGAGGCUGGAUCAUCUGUGUGACAUGCAAUCGGGAUUAAGGGAUUACUGGGCUAUGACGGCGCUGUGGGGCGCGAAACCCGAGGAUGAGUUCCGCGUCGACCGCGACUGUGCGCCGAUGUUGGCGCGGACGAAGUCGUUUCAGUUUGCGCCGGGGACCGAGUAUUCGUACUGCAAUGUGAACUUUCAUGUGUUGGCACGGGUGGUGGAAGGGGUUGCGGGGGAGACGCUGGGGAAGUUGCUGGUGGAUCGGGUGCUUGGGCCGGCGGGGAUGCGGACGGCGGAGCUCUGUCCGGAUAAUGAUAAGCUGCCGGGUCCGUGUCGCGGGUAUGAGGGGACGGAGGAGACCGGGUAUGUGGCUGCGGUGAAUCGGAUGGAGUGGUCGGGGGAUGCGGGACUGGUCGCCUCGUUGGAGGAUAUGGUUGCCUGGGAGAAGCAUUUGCAUCGUCUUUAUACGGAUAAGGACAGCUGGUAUUAUCGCGUCGCGCAGCCGAAUACCUUCGCUGACGGGACGCCUGCGCCGUAUCACUAUGGGCUGAGUCGUGGCGCUCUGAACGGCGUGGAUACCCUGGGCCAUGCGGGUGCCCUGCGCGGCUGGCGCAGUCAUCGGCGGCAUGCGCUGCAGGCUGGUCUGUCGGUGAUUGUGAUGAUCAACCAUGAAGCGGAUGUUAUGGGUGCUGUGGACUAUGCCCUGCGCGCGCUGCUGCAGCAGCCUGCGCUGCAGUAUGCGCCCGUGGAGCCGAGCCCAGCGUGGACCGGGAGUUUUCUGGACAAGGAGACGCAGCUGGCUGUGCGCAUUCGCGCUGGAUCCAGGCCGGGCGAGCUGGUCUUUGCUUACGCAGGCCAUCCGGAGACUAUCAGGCUGAUGGCCCCUACUCAUGGUGAAGCACCGGGUACAACCGCGAGUAUUGAAGGGGACAUUUUGCGCAUGCACCGUGUCAAGGAGAACAGAAAGCUCGAGGCUCAUAGGCUGAUCCCCCACGACAAGAGCUUUAAGGACCCAUCACUUGCCGGGACUUAUGUUUGUGCCGAGGCAGAAUCGACCUUCCACUGCUGGGGCGAGGCGGGGCUCCUAUACGGGGAACUGGAUGGAUAUCUCGGCCGGGGAACGGCGACUGCGAUGAGGUACCUUGGGGAUGAUGUGUGGGUGUUGGCCUGCCCUCGGGGGCUCGAUGCACCUGCCCCGGGAGACUGGACAGUGGUCUUUCAUCGUGAUGAAAGCGGCGUGGCCACCGGAUUUAGGAUUGGGUGUUGGCUAGCGAGAGGGAUUGAAUUCGUGAGGGCAUAGUGCUAAUCUCGAUGUAAACUUGAAUCGUAGAUCUUUUUUAGUAGGCGAAGCCUUCAUACCUCCUGUUGCCUGAGGUAGCAUG